UUCCCGAACAAAGCGUUCCCGUCUCUUAGCAACCUGAAGGGAUGCAUUAUGGGCUUGAGGGUAUAGGCCUUGCUGUUGACAACAACGCAGAGCUCCGUCGGUCUCCCAAAAAAAAGCUCGCCUCGCUCGGAAAGAACAUAAUGAAGAAGCCACGUUAAGGGCAGGGAAGCCAAUGCGAACUUGCAGUCAGCAGGACAAAUGAUAAAUUUCCUGAAUGCCAGUUGUCUGUUACUACUGCUGCUGUUUCACAGAUUUUGAAAAUAUUUUGAACAGUUUAACUCGUUUUUCAUGUAUGCUUUCAUAGAAACGGACAUAGUUGUAGUCAUUAAGUGGAGUUCCUGUCUUUAGAAGAACUUACCACUCAUUGAAAGGUUAAAAUGAUGAAAAAUGUCCACCUGGCACCUGAAGCAGAUGAAGAUGAUCUUUAUUCUGGUUACAAUGACUAUAAUCCUACCUUUGAUACAGAGGAUUUAGAGAAUGAUCCAGCUUUUCAACAGGCUGUGAGAACAAGUCAUGGUAGAAGACCUCCACUUACAGCCAAAGUUCCAGGUACAUCAGGUUCACGACCUUUAGCUACAGGAUAUGGGUCAAAGACAACACUAUCUUCAUCAAUGGGCAGACCAAUGACAGCAGCUGUACAGGAUGGCGUUGCUCGACCGAUGACAGCAGUGCAGGCAGCAGGUUACACCAAAGCAGCCUCAAGAGGUUCUGCAUUUGAUCCUCUUGGUCAAGCAAGGGGCCCUGCUCCUCCUCUAGAAACAAAAAAUGAAGAUAGUCCAGAAGGAAAGAUUAAACAGUUGGAAAAAAAAGUGAAUGAGUUGGUUGAAGAAAGCUGCAUUGCUCACAGCUGUGGAGACUUAAAGUUGGCUCUUGAAAAGGCAAAAGAUGCUGGAAGAAAGGAAAGAGCUUUAGUAAGGCAACGUGAACAGACUAUGUCUCCUGCCAACAUCAAUCUAGAUCUUACUUACACUGUGCUCUUCAAUUUGGCCAGUCAGUAUUCUGGUAAUGAAAUGUAUGCAGAAGCAUUAAAUACCUAUCAGGUCAUAGUGAAAAACAAGAUGUUUGUUAAUGGAGGCAUGCUGAAGGUGAACAUGGCAAAUAUUUAUUUGAAACAGAGAAACUAUUCAAAAGCUAUCAAAUUUUAUCGAAUGGCUCUAGAUCAGAUUGCAAGUGUCCACAAAGAAAUGAGGAUUAAAAUAAUGCAGAACAUUGGAGUUGCGUUUAUUAAAACUGGCCAAUAUACCGAUGCCAUUAGCUCAUUUGAGCACAUUAUGAGCACAUCACCAAAUCUCAAAGCAGGCUUCAACUUGAUCCUUUGCUAUUUUGCUACUGGAGAUAGAGAGCAAAUGAAAAAAGCCUUUCAAAAAUUGAUUGCUGUUCCACUGGAAAUUGAUGAUGACGACAAAUAUAUUUCACAAGGAGAUGAUCCACAUACAAACCUACUGAUUGAAGCUAUUAAAAAUGACAGCUUGCGUCAAAUGGAGUGUGAAAGGAAAGCUACAGCAGAAAAGUAUAUAAUGACGGCUGCUAAACUAAUUGCUCCAGCAAUCGAAACGUCAUUUGCUGUAGGCUAUGACUGGUGUGUAGAAAUAGUAAAAGCUUCCCCGUAUGUGGAGUUAGCCAAUGACCUGGAAAUCAAUAAAGCAAUUACAUAUUUGAGGCAAAAGGACUUCAAUCAGGCUGUGGAGACUUUAAAGAUGUUUGAAAAAAAGGAUAGCAGAGUUAAAAGUGCAGCUGCAACAAAUCUUUCAUUUCUUUAUUUCUUGGAAAAUGAAUUUACACAGGCAAGUAGCUAUGCAGAUUUAGCAGUAAAUUCUGAUAGAUACAACCCAUCUGCACUCACAAAUAAAGGAAAUACCAUUUUUGUAAGUGGAGACUAUGAGAAGGCAGCAGAGUUCUAUAAGGAAUCUCUAAGGAAUGAUUCUUCAUGCACCGAAGCACUCUAUAAUAUUGGUUUAACAUAUAAAAAGCUGAACAGGUUAGAUGAGGCAUUGGAUUCUUUUCUGAAGCUUCAUGCUAUCCUUCGGAACAGUGCCCAGGUUCUCUUCCAAAUAUCAAGCAUAUAUGAAUUAAUGGAGGAUCCUAAUCAGGCCAUUGAGUGGCUUAUGCAACUCAUCAGUGUUGUUCCAACAGACUCACAUGCAUUAGCAAAGCUUGGAGAACUCUAUGACAAUGAAGGGGAUAAGUCUCAAGCUUUUCAAUAUUACUAUGAGUCGUAUCGGUAUUUCCCUUCAAACAUUGAGGUCAUUGAAUGGCUCGGAGCCUAUUACAUUGACACACAAUUUUGUGAAAAAGCCAUUCACUACUUCGAAAGAGCAGCACUGAUUCAACCAAGUCAGGUGAAGUGGCAAUUGAUGGUUGCUAGUUGCUACAGAAGAAGUGGUAACUACCAAAAAGCUCUUGAUACCUACAAGGCAAUUCACAGAAAGUUUCCCGAUAAUGCAGAGUGUUUACGGUUUUUGGUACGACUCUGCACAGACAUGGGCUUGAAAGAAAUCCAAGAGUAUGCAACAAAGCUUAAGAGAGUAGAAAAACUGAAAGAAAUAAGAGAACAGCGUGUCAAGUCUGGCAGAGAUGGUAGUGCUCGCGCCCGCAGAGAAGGGAGCGCUGGUGGUGAUCCUGGUAGCAUCACUCUUAAGGGGGAGCGUCUGAGUGCUAAACUGAAGUCUUUGCCAGGGACAUAUGAACCCUAUGAAAGCAGCGUUAGUAAAGAAAUAGAUGCCUCCUAUCUUGACCCACUUGGGCCACAGGCCGAGAGACCGAAAACCGCACUGAGGAAAAAAAUGGAUGAAGAUGAAUUUGCUGAUGAAGAACUUGGAGAUGAUUUACUUCCAGAAUAACUUGUAGUCCAGUGUAGUAAUCUUAAAAACUUUGAAAGAAAAAAAAUGUUUUGAGAAGGUUUUGAAAUUCGUAUGUUUGUUUUAGCAGUGUGUAUAAGAACUAUGGAUUUUGAGCAAACCAUUUUUAUAGCAAUAACUUCCACCUGCACAUAGAUCUUAUUGAGUCAGCACCAAUCUCACAUUUCUGUUUUAUGUCACUUUUGUAUGCCCACCUGAAGAUCCUUAAAGAGUUAUGAUGGUGCAAGAUAUGAACCAAUAGCCUGAGGCUGAAAUGUUGUUUGGGAUCACUGAUUGAACUUGUAUGCACCAUGGCAAAUAGUCAUAAUGGACAGUGCUCAUGCUAAGUGUCCAUGUGGCUACUUUGGGGUGGCAUGUUAAAGCACUUACACAUACAUAGGAGGUGGGGCAAGUCAUGAAUAUCAGAUUAUGGACAUCUUCAGGGCAGGACAUGAGGGAUCAUAUUUAACAAUAUUGGUUUGUUACUAAUCCAGAUGAUCCCAUGAGGGGGAGGCAAAGGUUUUUCUGGGUAUUUGGGAAAGAGGGUUAGGUAAGGAUCUGGCAGGACAACAUGUAAUGAGCACUGUAGCGAUAAGAACACUGCUGAAUUGGACCAAAGCCCUAUCUAGUAAAGCCAGCCAGAUGCCUUGCUUCCUCUGAUCCUGAAGAGUAUACAGUCAACUAGUAGCCACAUGAAUUUGCCUAAUUCCCCUUUUAAAGCCUCUUAUGUUAGUGGCCAUUACUACAUCUCAAGGGAGCAAAUUCCAUAGUUUAACUCUGUGAAGAAGUGUUUCUUCUUUGUCCAAAUUUUUCUAACAUUCAACUUCAUUCUAGGUUCUAGUAUAUUGAGAGAGGGAGAAAAACUUCUCUUUAUCCACUUGUUCUACAUCAUGCAAAAUUUUUAUACAAACUGACAUUUUUUGAAGAAAGCCUUCUUGCGUCUGCUUUUUCCUUGAGAUUGGGAAUUUGGAAGUGAUUGCAGAAGACUGACUCGACAAUUUGCAGUUAUCAAUGCUAGAAAUUUGGAAGCUGCCACCACUUGCCAAGUUUGUAGCUCUGAGAUUUUACUUCAGGGGUAGCCAACAUUGUGUCCUGUAGAUGUUUUUGGGCUACACCUCCCAUCAGCCCCAGCCAAUGUGGCCAAAGGUAAGGGAUGAGAGUUGUAGUCCAGCAACACCUGGAGGGCACUAUUUGUGCUACCCCUCUUCUACUUGUGAGUUUUUCAACAAUUCAUCAUCACUCUGGAAGAGCUCAUUUAUCCUUAAAAGCUAUUUUAUUGUAUUCUGUUUGAAUUUCAUAGCAGAGUGUAUGAGUUUCUUAUAUUGACUGUGGAGCGCUCUGUAUAUUUGUUGCACUUCAAGAAGCAGAAGGAAAAUGAAUGUAAGAGAUGUUUCCAUGCUCACAUCACCUAGGGUUGGCACAUUAUUCAACUGCCUAUAAAGUCAAACAUUGUCAGAUAUUCCAAGGUUCAAAUUCUUACUCUGCUCUGAAUGAUGCCAGACCAAUCACAAACUCUCAGCCAAGCCACCUCACAUGCUUAUUGGGAGGGUCACAAUAAGUUAUCUCAUGUUUGCUUGUUUUGUACAUAUCUUUAGAUGUUACCUAUAUUCUUACACAUAAUACAAGAAUGAUACAAGCAUAUCAAAAUCUAUUCAGUACAAAAUAAACUGAAGGUAACAAUUACAACUAAACACUACAGGCCAGCUACUGUAAAGACCCUCAUUUGCUUUUGUUAAUCAUCAUCAACAAGUUUGAUGCAUCUUCUUUGUUCUCCUGAUAUAAAUACUUUAAAAGUA